UUACGAGGGGGCUCGUACAGAAUGAAACUGGAAUGUUUUGCAGGUGUGAAGUUCUUUUACCUCUUUCCCGUGAGGUGGGCUCCCGCAAGUCUCGCGGCACUGCUUGCUGGGCGAUUGUAACAUCCACGUUUUGCCCCCACUGAUAUAUUCCAGCGGCUUACCACGGAGGACCAGAGACAGGGGCCGAGUCGGAGCCCAAGCAGGACCAGCAGCAGCAGGAGGCUAACGCCGCGCCGCCAGACCAGGCCCCGCCCCCUCAGCCCGCCCCGCCCGCUCAGACCGCCCCGCCCCCGCAGGUCACCCAGCAGUUCGACGGGGAGCAGUUUCCCGCCGCCGCCGGUCACAGCACCCCGGCCAGGAAGGACCAGAACGGAGAAAGGGAGCCAGAGGGCAAGCAGGACUACCAGCAGUUUGAGGACGACAAGGUGUCCCACAGGUCAUCCUCCAGCAGGCUGUCCAAGUCUCCUCUGAAGACCACCAAGAAGGUGAAGAACAUGCAGUGCAAGGUGACGCUCCUGGAUGGCUCGGACUACACCUGCGUGGUGGAGAAGCGGGCCAAGGGCCAGGUGCUCUUCGGCAAAGUGUGCGAGCAGCUCAACCUUCUGGAAAGGGACUACUUUGGCAUCACAUUCCGAGACGUGGACAACCAAAAGAAUUGGGUGGACCCUGCUAAAGAGAUGAAGAAGCAGAUCAGAAGUGGAACAUGGAAUUUUGCGUUCAAUGUGAAGUUUUACCCCCCAGACCCCGCCCAGCUGUCAGAGGACAUUACGAGGUACUUCCUGUGCCUGCAGCUGAGAGAUGACGUGGUUUCGGGUCGCUUGCCGUGCUCGUUCGCCACGCACACCGUCCUGGGCUCCUACACCGUCCAGUCUGAGCUGGGAGACCACGACCCAGAGGAGCUCGGCACCGACUACGUCAGCGAGUUCCGCUUCGCCCCCAACCAGACCAAGGAGCUGGAGGAGAAAGUCAUGGACCUCCAUAAAAACUACAAAGGCAUGACGCCGGCUGAUGCCGAGAUGCACUUCUUAGAGAACGCCAAGAAGCUGUCGAUGUAUGGAGUGGACCUCCACCACGCCAAGGACUCGGAGGGCGUGGAGAUCAUGCUCGGAGUGUGCGCCAGCGGACUGCUCAUCUACCGCGACAGGCUACGCAUCAACCGCUUCGCCUGGCCCAAAGUGCUCAAGAUCUCCUACAAACGGAACAACUUCUACAUCAAGAUCCGCCCGGGGGAGUUCGAGCAGUUUGAAAGCACCAUCGGAUUCAAACUCCCGAACCACCGCGCCGCCAAGAGACUGUGGAAGGUCUGCGUGGAGCACCACACCUUCUUCAGGUUGGUGUCUCCAGAAGCCCCUCCUAAGAAGUUCCUGACGCUGGGGUCUAAGUUCCGCUACAGUGGGCGCACCCAGGCCCAGACGCGCCGGGCCAGCUCCCAGAUCGUGCGGCCCGCUCCGUACUUCGAGCGCUCGUCCAGCAAGCGCUACACCAUGUCCCGCAGCCUGGACGGGGCCCCUGUGACUGAAAACCACGAUAUACUCAUGAAGGAUUCCGUGUCCGCUUCAGAGAUGGGCACCGCCCAGUAUGGGCCGGCCAAGGCCAUCGCCACAGGAGACCUCAUCACCUCGGUGACGCCCGAGAAGAAGGCCGAGGAGGAGAAGGCCGAGAAGGAGGAGGAGGCCAAGGAGACCGCCCCCGAACCUGAGCCCACUCCACCCACUCCUGUCCCACACGAGGCCAAGCCGUCGCCGUGUUUAUUUGCCUCCGACCCGCUGCGCUCCGAGCUGUCGCUCCCCUCCUCCCCCGUGUCGUCCACCAGGGUGCGGAGGAGGCGCAGGGAGAACGCGAGGAGGCGCGCGGCCUCCGUCAGCCCCGCCAAGAGCGGAGCGGGCUGCCGCCGGCGCCAGGCCCUGGCCGACCGGCGGACCGCCCUGCUGGAGGAGCAGGCCCUGCUGCUCUCCGCCCGCCGCCAGAGACUGGGCCAGAAGCAGGGCGGCACGCUCUUCUCCUUCUCCCUGCACCUCCCCGACCUCUCUGCCCUCCUGGACGACGACGGCUACCUGACCUUUCCCGACCUCUCCGAGCUGCGCUUCCUCCCCGAGAGCGUCCAACACUUCAUGCCCAUCAAGUCGCCCUCCCUCAUCCCCUGCUUCCUCUUCAUCUUCUUCUUCCUGCUGUCCACCUCCUUCUCCGUCCCGUACGCCCUCACCCUCUCCUUCCCCCUGGCGCUGUGUCUCUGCUACCUGGAGCCCAAGGCUGCCUACUUGAGCGCCUCUCUUGCCAAUGGCCUGAAUGACAGUUCAGAGGAAGAGACCGACAGCGAGCAAACGGACUUUGCCUGUGACGGUGAAACCACAGCCACAGAGUCGGACCAAGAGGAUGAGUCAGAGAUAAAGACACAGAAUAGUUUCAUAAGACGAGUUAAAGGGGAAAAUGUAUUUGUCAAACAUAGCAAUCUGAUGUUAGAGGGAACGGCAACUCCCGAGAUGCUGGUGAAGCACCAGACCAAUAUAAGCGAGCUGAAGCGGUCGUUUUUGGAGACGGGGGUGGACGCCAGCGGGCUGACGGAGUGGGAGAAGCGCCUCUCCACCUCCCCCGUGCGCUCCACCAGGCUGGAUGACGCCCCCAUGAUCGAGCCCCUCAUGCCAGAGGAAGCUGCUCUGACGCUGACCAAAGAGGGAGCAGAACCACUGCCUGAUGAAGUCCUGGAGGUGACGACUACAACCACUAAGGAUUCGGAUGGGUGGGUUAUUAUAAACAAAGUCCCCACUAAGGUGGCAGAAAAGACAAACGUUGUCAGCUAUAGAGUGGUGUCCAUGACCACCGCUGUGUCCGAGGGCGUGGGCGAGGCCAGCCAACGCGUUCUUGACCAGCUGAAAUCCAGAGAGGAAGAGCUGCGGCAGAAAAGCUACACCUUAGGGCUGACCCGUGACCCCUCUGGGAAGACCAUCACUGCAAAGUCACCCGCUAGAGAGGUCCCUGUGAAGUCUCCCGCUAGAGAGGUCCCAGCAAAGUCUCCCGCUAGAGAGGUCCUGGUUAAGUCUCCCGCUAGAGAGGUCCCAGCAAAGUCUCCCGCUAGAGAGGUCCCUGUGAAGUCUCCCGCUAGAGAGGUCCCAGCAAAGUCUCCCGCCAAAGACGUCCCAGCAAAGUCUCCCGCCAAAGACGUCCCAGCAAAGUCUCCCGCCAAAGAGGUCAUCAUGACCUCUCCCACCAAAGAGGUCCCCACAAGGUCUUCCACUAGAGAGGUCCCCGUGAAGUCUCCUGCUGGAGAGGUGCCCGUGAAGUCUCCCGCCAAAUAUGUCAUCAUGAUGUCUCCCCACAAGUCUCCAGCUGGAGAGGUCCCUGCAAAGUCCCCCACUAGAGAGGCCCCAGCAAAGUCUCCCGCUAGAGAGGCCCCAGCAAAGUCUCCCACUAGAGAGGCCCCAGCAAAGUCUCCCGCUAGAGAGGCCCCAGCAAAGUCUCCCGCUAGAGAGGCCCCAGCAAAGUCUCCCGCUAGAGAGGCCCCAGCAAAGUCUCCCGCCAAAGAUGUCACAGUGACAUCUCCCGCCAAAGACAGCGGACACCCCAUCCAAUCUCCCGAGGAGUUUCCGGCAGACCAGCCUGUGCUGACAACAAAGGUAAUCUCUGCAAGGUUCAAGUUCCUUGAGCCCUCAUCUCCAAGCAAGGAAGGGGUGACUGUCACUGCAAAAGAGGCAGAGUCUCGCCCUCCCUCCGUCUCUGAUGCCCCGAAAGGCUCUGUGAGGACCGUGGUGACCAUCAGCUCCAGCGGGGAGAUAGCAGAGAUGGGUCGACCUGGACUGAGCUUCCUGCAGAGGCCCCCGAGCCAGGAAGACCAGGCCACCAGCCCGGCCAAAGCUGAAGAGGGCAUUAAGCUGAGCGUCGCCACAGCUCACUAUGUGACCAAAACCUCUCCCACGUCCAGAGCGGUGCCUAAGCCUUCCUUCGAGGAGAUGUCUCCCCAGCUUACUGCUCUGCUGGAGUCGGCCAGAGCGCAGUCCACCAGAAUGGGAACCAUGGCCACCUCCACGGCCCAUAGUCACAUUAUAUAUGAGACGUCUGAGAGGAUGGAGGACACUGUACAGCAGGAGAAGGAUCAGCCUAUGGGUGUGCUGCAGGGGCUGAAGGAGUCUCCGCUGGUGAAGACCGAGACGGUGAGUUUCAGUAGUGGGAGGCAGGAGGAGACGGAGGAGGUCACCACCAAGGACGUGCCGGUGAUCCACACGGAAACCAAAACCAUCACGUACGAAUCCUCACAGGGGGACAACAGUAACGACACUGACCCUGGGAUCCUGAUGAGUGCCCAGACUAUCACCUCGGAAACCAGCAGCACUACCACCACCACGCACAUCACCAAGACUGUGAAAGGAGGCAUCUCGGAAACACGGAUCGAGAAGAGAAUCGUCAUCACUGGCGACUCGGACAUCGAUCACGACCAGGCGCUGGCUCAGGCCAUUAAAGAAGCCAAAGAGCAGCACCCUGACAUGUCAGUGACCAAAGUAGUGGUACACAAAGAGACAGAGAUCACGCCCGAGGUCGAGGAGGGGCAGGAGUGACGCAGGACUGAGGCCCCACCAUUCAGAGGAUACUUGCAUUUCACUUCUCAGAGAAUAAUGGAUGUCCAGGAAGGAGUCCACUUUGACCUCCAAAGCAACGCAAAAUACAUUAAUGGAUAUUCCACUGCAUCUGAAAACUGUAGGACUGAUCACCCUCCCACUUUGCAUCUCCAAAUCAAUCCAGCGCACCACUGGAUAAUGCAUACUGCAUGAGAAGGAAACAGUUCAGCAUUAAAAAAAAAAAAAAAGAAUUUAAUUUAGGGUGGGAAAAUGUAACACUGUUCUUAAUCCAGCUGCACGCUCCGACAAUAGGCAGAAUAAUUCAAUGGGAUUUUUUUUAUUAUUAUUGUUCACUGCCUUAAGUAAUGAAUUUUAAAAUUGUAUAAUAAUUUAUGUAGCUUUCAUUUUAUUUAUGAGAGAGAAGCUAGCACUCCAAAAAGAAGGCUGUAGGCUUUACGCUGUACGUGUUCGAGUGCGCAGUAUUUAACCAUGCAGUAGACGUGCCAACCACAUUGCCAAGCUCUCCUGUCUACUCUCUCCGUCAUUUUUACCCAUUCGACUCGCAUUGCCUGCCAAACAGACAAAAAAGUUACCGAAUACGAAACCCAUGCUUCUUUGGCCAGACAAAAAAAAAAAACUUAAAAUAAUUUUAUCCUUUUUAUUUGAAUUGUAAUUUGUUUUUUCUGUUGUCGUUGAUGAAAUUCCACUACAUUUUGUUCCACUUAAAUAUUCCACAUCACAAAGGAAAAGAUUGUAUGUAGAAUGCUCUGAACAGAAGGAUAACGGAUAAAAGUGAAUGAAUGUAGGCUUCUGUCUGAGAGCCAGCUAACAGUGAUCGCUGCGGUGGACCAGGCUGCUCAUCUCUCCAGUGGACGACCAGAGCCCCCAUCCUGUCAGGCACGGCAGAGCCGGAUAUCAGCCUCCCCCAUGCCAGUCCCACCCUGAGCGUGUGUGAGCGCGACUGCAUAUGUGUGUGUGUAUGUGUGCGAGAGCAAAUGUGGACUCUGUGCUCUGUCCCUGUGUCUGCUCAAGUCUAGUACCAUCCAUGUUCAAUGUGUUUCCACAUUAGUGAAAUAAAAAGUGGCAAAAGGAAAA